CAUCUCAUAGUGAAUUAGUAAUAUACUACUAUUCUAAAAGAGGGGAAAAAAUAGAAAAAGUUUGUAACCCUAACCCUCAAUUGCAAUUUACACUUUUCUCCACAUUCAUCCAUUUCCAGUUUUUCUAUCUAAAUUUUUUUUUGUCAAAUUAACCCACACUCAUCUUUCCAGCAUCAAAUUACCUUUCUGAAUUUCAGAAGCAAGUGAUAAGAAAUCAAAUGAUUGUUGCCAAAUUCAUCCGUUUUUUCGACGAUAACAGAAACUUGGAUCUUCCGAAAAUUUUGAAGGUUUGUUUCGGACUAAUUUUACUUUGAAGUUUAAUCUAUAGCUUACACAUAUAUAAGUAACAAUUCAUUUGUUGGUUAUUUUUCUUAAUUAUCAUUUUUCACUGGUAAGCUAAAAAAAACUUCAAAUUUUGGGGGUUCAGUUGAAAAACCCACUAAACCCCCUUGAAUACGGAUUGGAAUUACGGCUUUGGCGUCGUUGUUAUUGUUAUUGUUAUUGUUGUUGUUGUGGCUGUUGUUGUGAGUGUGGCUAAGAAAAUAUUGAUAUGGAGUGUAAUAAAGAUGAUGCAAUUAAGGCAAGAGAGAUAGCAGAGAGGAAGUUUAAUGGAAAAGACAUAGCAGGAGCUAAGAAAUUUGCUGUCAAAGCACAUAAUCUGUAUCCGGGGCUCGAGGGGAUUUCGCAGAUGUUGGCAACUCUUGAUGUGUAUGCUGCUGCAGAGAAUCCUGUGCUGGGGGAAGCUGAUUUUUAUGGUGUGCUUGGUGUAACACCACAAUCAGAUGAGGAUACAAUCAGGAAGCAAUAUAGGAAGCUUGCCCUUAUGCUACAUCCUGAUAAAAACAAAUCGAUAGGAGCCGAGGGAGCUUUUAAGCUUAUUUCGGAAGCCUGGAGUUUGUUAUCUGAUAAGAGCAAGAGAGUUGCCUAUGAUGCAAGGAGGAGUUCUAGGGGGUUUGGUCACAAGUCUAAACCUUCUUCACAGAGUUCAACGGUGCCGCCUGGUGCUAAUGGAUUUUACAAUUUUGCGAAUGCUACCAUGUCUAAUGCCAAAGUUAAUAAGAAUAAUACCUCACAUGUUAAUGGCUCUUCGAGUUCUGGCUCAUCUAGUAAGGAAAAUCACAAUACUUUCUGGACUGUCUGCCAUAGAUGCAAGAUGCAGUAUGAGUACCUUAGAAGUUAUCUUAAUCAUAAUUUGUUGUGCCCCAAUUGUCAUAAGCCAUUUUUCGCUAUAGAGACAGCACCGCCUGUUUCAAAUGGUUCUGGGCCUUCAAAACCACGUGAUGGUGUUAAAAAUCGGGGAAAUUCAGAACAGGAGGUGAGGAAUAAGAGUAGUCAUAAUGCUGGGUAUAACACAGGUAAUUUCCAGUGGACUCCAUUUUCCGGAGCAGCUGGGUCUUCAUCUGUUGCGCAAGCAGCAACUGUGGUCCAACAGACAUAUGAGAAGGUUAAAAGAGUGCGCGAGGAAGCACAAGCCAGAAAACGGGAGAAAGCCAUGAAAAGGAAAAACCAUGUGCCUGGGGACUUGACUGGCUCGUCUAUCGAGAAAAAGAGGAGAGUUAGUGAUGAUAUCAGUAUGAACAAGAAUCAAAUGGGCCUUGGUGGAGGUGCUGCAUUUGGCAUAUCGAGCACAAUGCCACCACCCAGGUACGGUGAUACUGGGUCAAUAUAUGCAAGUAGAAUCAGCAAAUUCAACAGUACCAGGGAGCUAUCUCAGGGUGAAUUGCGCAGCAUAUUGAUGCAUAAGGCUAGGAAAGAAAUUGUCAAAAAAAUAACUGAAUGGAAGUCGGCUAGUGUAAUUGGCAAUGCUGCUCAACAGGUUAAAUCAACUGGGAAAUCUUGUGAAAAGGACAGAAGACAAGAAAAUGUGGACUCAAUUAUGGAGUCUAGAAAGGCAGCAGAUUCUGGACUCAUAGCUGAGGACAAGUUCCCACAAUGUGCCAAUCAAUCGGAGGAGAUCAUAGAGCGACUCUCAAUUCCUGUUCCUGAUGCGGAUUUUUAUGAUUUUGACAAGGAUAGGACUGAAAAGACCUUUGAAGAGAAUCAGGUGUGGGCAGUAUAUGACAAUGACGAUGGCAUGCCUCGAUUUUAUGCUAUGAUUCAUAGUGUAAUUUCUUGGGAUCCAUUCAGGCUACGCAUUAGUUGGCUUAAUUCAAAAACAAAUACAGAACUAGGUCCUUUGAAUUGGGUUGGUUCUGGCUUCUCAAAAACUUGUGGAGAAUUUAAAGUAGGCCGACAUGAGACACAUGAUGGUCUAAAUUGCUUUUCACAUAAAGUUCGGUGGACAAAAGGCACACGAGGAGCUAUUCGUAUCUUUCCAAGGAAGGGGGAUGUGUGGGCACUGUACAGGAAUUGGUCUCCAGACUGGAAUGAACUCACUGCAGAUGAUCUGAUACACAAGUAUGACAUGGUGGAAGUACUAGAAGAUUAUGAUGAGGAACUAGGGGUUGUUGUCAUACCACUAGUCAAAGUUGCUGGCUUCAAGGCCAUUUUUCAUCAUCACUUAGACUCCAAACAAGUGAGGAGAAUCCCUAAAGAGGAGGUUUUUCGGUUUUCUUAUCAGGUUCCUUCUCACCUGCUUUCAGGUCAAGAAGCUCCUAAUGCUCCAAAGGGUUGUCGGGAGCUGGACCCGGCAGCAUUACCACCCGAAUUCCUCCAUGUGAUAGCUGAUGGAAAAGAAGAUAUUGUGGAAAGUCAGGCAACUAAGCGAGUGGAAAUUAUAGACAUCGAUGAUACAAGCGACAAAAGACCAAGUGAUAGAGACUCGCAAAAAUCUGCAGAACCUAAGAUAGGAGUGCCCAGGAAAGCAAAAGCACCAUCGUAGAAGAAAGUAAAGUAACUCAGCUGAGACAUGAAAAAUGAAGAGCAUCAAGAUAAUUCAAUUUUUUCGACUUCUCUGUGAGAAUUGAAUUGAAUUUGAGCUCUUACCCAGAAAUUUGUCCAGGAUCGCUUCAAAGAAGUGAAUAUCGCAUCCCUAUUCUUCUGCAGUGAGAGCAAAGAAGUGCUACUAAGUAGCAACUCGGAGACAGAAGCAGGAGGACUGAUAUACUAUGUUCAUAGGCUUCAGCACAGAGGAGGAAGCUUGGCUCAUUUGCUUACAUGACUUGGCAACAAGCAAGCAUGGAGCUUCUUCUUCAUGCUAAAAGCAACGAGCCUGUAUAUACGAUCUUGGCCGAUGUGAGUUUGGUGAUUAAUCAACUCGCCGUAAUUAACAAUAGCCCAUCUCAUAGCAAUUUUACCAUAAACUUGCUGUAAAGUAGAAAUUUUCCUGAAACCAUCUGUUGUACUCUUGGGUUAUACCCUAGUGAAUUGUUAAUGCAAAACAAAGUUUACUCUGCA